CCAAAAUCACUUUAGAAUUUCAGAUGUAUUCAUAUCCCCAUUACCUUUAAACUCCCUAUUCCCCGUAUUAAUACAUGCAAAUGGAUUACUAAUCAUUAUACAAUUAGCUUUACCUUCAAUGUCAAAACCAAUUCCCUCAAUUUAGACAACCUACAUUCCAUCAAGCACAAUAACCUGUUUAGCAACUAAAUUAUAUCACUAUUUCUGAUGAUGAAGAAAGCACACCCAAAUAGGAAAUCCCAAAGCCUAUUCCCACACAACCAAUUCAAAGUGUUUAAACUUUAAAACAAAUAACCAAAAUGCUGGACCUAGAUUAACUUGAGGCAUCAGGAAAACUUUUCGAUUGUGAAAGUUCUCCUCCUCCUCCUCUACCAAAACAAAUUACAUAAAAGCCAAAAAAGCAUAUGUCCAAGCAAUAGAAAAAAAGAAAGAAUAAAAUUACACAAUACACUGCAAAAAGACAAAUUCCAUGCAUCAAAUAAGUUCAAAUAAAUAAAAACAGGUAGCAGCAAGUAUUCCAACAGUCCAGUGUCAAAGUCAGAUUAAUCAGAGUUUAUGAGAGAAAUGAAGAUCAAUGUAAGUAACAUUUAUAUUUGAUAAUAGUUUUGAAACUCUAUGAAAAGCUAAAACUUAAUUUUCCAUAGGCAAAUGAUGAAGAUGUGGUCAUAAUACUCAAUAAUUGCAAUAAAGAUUAUUAAAAAGCUGAGUCCUUUAUACAACAAAGUGGUUGCUCUAUCUCAUACUACCUUAAUUGUAUUAUCUUAAUCUAUAUAUAAAUAGCCUAAAAGGAUCAACAAAUUGAUGAAACUACUACUGAUGGAAAAUGA